CUGAAGAUGAAACAAAUAUCUCAGCAGUUUUUCGACGAAACUGUUCGAGCCAAUUUGGAGUUACUUGAUCAAUCCAUAGAUGAGGCCAUCGAGGAAACUAUACAAUCCUUCACCAUUGAGGGAGUUGAUUUGUCCAACAUUAUCCCGGAUAAAAUUAAGCAUGUGGACGGCCAUCCGUGCGAAAAUUGUUACAGAAGUCUUGUCAAUGUCCUCAACGAAUCCACGCUCGAUUCUGUGGCGCUUGAAACCUGCCUUGAUGAAAUUGAGAGGCUGAGUGCGAUCGAUCUGGCGCACAGAAAAUUGAUUGCCUCACAAGGAGCGUUUAAGUACUUGGAAUUCGCACUGAAGAAAUGUACGGAGUCUGGAGAAAAACGUUCCGCCAUACACGUAAUUAAGACAACCAGCGCUUUGCUGGUUGGUCAGUCGGAACUCAUCAGGGGAGAUGGAGAAGAUUAUUUGAACAGAUUGACGGAGUUACUGACAAAAACAGCCGAAGCAGAAGAGCUGAAUGCGGAAACACUGGAUCUACUCUCUGAGUUGUGCCAUGUCCUCCGAGUUGCGUGCCUAAUGAAUGAGCCAAAUCGAACCAGAAUCGCCCAGUCUCCGGUUCCUUCGAGAACGGUCGAUUUGCUUUCACGCUUUGAACUCAAGACAGGUGUUCCUGAGCUAGAUUCACAGUUGCAUUGUAUACAUGAAGCCUGUACAUUCUUACGUUCGUUGACGCUAGACGAUGAUAUGAGUGUGGAAUUCGGUGAGGGAUCGGCUAAUGCGCGGUCUAUGGCAUCUGCUGGAACAGCGAUUGAGGUUCUUACGAAGUUGGCAAAAGAUGCCUUAUCAAUCUCAAGUGAAACUUGUGUUGCUGAUGUCUUCCUCGCACUGUCUAGCAUCAUAACUCGUGACGAAUUCUGUCUCAAGUUCACUGAUCUGGAAGGAAUGGAUAUUAUUUUCCAGACGUUACUCAGCUUUUUGAACUCUGCGGCUCUUGUCUCUGGUUGUCUGGUCUUGUUAAGAACUGUUUGCGGAUCUGAUGCAUGCAAGCGUGCUGCUGGCACGUGGACCUCAUCACGAGACAGGCAGGACUCGGGCAUCAGUGGUCCGCAACUGGUCAUAAAAGCGCUGGAGCGUCAUCUAAAAAACCCGAUACUGGCAAAGCACGCUGCUGGCGUUAUCGCAGCUAUGACUCUCCGGCAACCUCAAUUAGCUCAGCAAAUGGUCUCUGCCGGUGCGCCUGAGUUCCUCUCCAAAGCUCUGGAACUUCACAUGUCAGACGCAGCAACUGUUCGGGCGAUUUGUAUGGCCAUUCGAAACUGUGUUUCUCGUUCACAAGAUCUGCGUGCCGCAUUCCUUGGCCAACCUUGUAAAACAAACUACUCCGUACUCAAUAACUCGUCCUUGGAAACCAGUGAUGUUUACGAAUUGGAGGCUCUGUUGAACUCAGCCCUCCGGAUUCGUGGCUGUGCUGAUGAAGCAAAAGCCGCUCUUCGUGACCUGGGGUGUCGUGUUCAGCUGCAAGAACGAUGGCGUGGCAACCCUCCUUCAAAUAUUCAGCAUAAUCAUUGUGACACUGAGAACUUGAUUGUUUGAACAGGACAGUACGGAUGGAAUGGUUAAGUGUGUGUAUUAUCCAGAAAGUGUCUACGACCGACAUGUACAUCAUCGAGUUCUUUCUUUGCGGGAACAAAUAUACUUCAAUAAGUUGAUUGCCUGCUUAAUUGCAAAUGUGACAUAUUUGGUGUUCAGUGCUUCUUUCCUUACAAUGCUUUGCUGGGCAAUUCAGACUGAUCGCAAUUAUCACAACAUGGUGGACAUCAAGUCAUGCCACUCGGUGGAACUUUUUCAGUGCAUAGUGGCCACACAAUGCUUGAUGCUCAGUUCUCACAAUCUGAAACUCCGAUGUAGUGAAGGCCUCUAUCACGUCUGUGCUCCCAGUGACAUAGACCUCACUCUUCUCUAACUCUUGUCAUCAUCAUCAAUAUCAGAGACAAAAGCAUCAGUGUUGACUCUGAUGUUUCAGUGCUGUACUGGUCAGCGUGUUUAUUCGUGAUUGGCUACUUUCCUGUCUGCAUGGAUUCCUACUAUGGAUAGUAGGCCGGAAAAGUUAUAUCAACCUUUUUGAUAACCGUCCGUUUCUCCCUCGAUGUUGACGUCUGCUUACGAAACAGAACUUCAAUAGUCGGGCGGACUAUGUUACUGUAGUCACGAUGUCCCAAGAAUUUAACAGCAUUCCACACGGCCAGUUUCAUUCGGCCUUACCACCACGAAUUCUCACUUCCUUGUGUGUUGGACCUGCUGUGUUUGCAACAGUUGUCCUGCGUAGUACGAUUUCGCUUGUGGGCCGUUGUUUGUUUUACCGUCCUAAGCAUCAACCGACUGUCAAUCAAUUGGGAAAUAACAUUCAGUUUGGUUCCACCAGAGUACGUUAUCGUUGCCAUAGUCGAACUGUUAAUAGG